UUGACUCGAACAAUAGCGGAUCUGGCUCAGGCAGGUGUCGACACCGCGAAGGUUCAGCACAAUAAAACACUUCAACUAUUGUCACACGCACGACACACGGAGACUCUAUCACAAGGGAGUAAGAUGAACAACACUGACUCCAACAUCAUGAAGGUUUUCGUAUUCAUUAGUCUUCUGUCUUUGACUCUGGCUGAGCCACCAGUCGGAGACGGCUACCCUUCAUCACGAUCAGCUCACCACGACCAUGGACACCAAGGAUCACUGACUCAAGAGUACGGAGCUCCAGAGUUUGGAGCUCGGAGCGAACAGGAGUACGACGUAACAGAUGCUAGACCUCAACCCUCACAAACAUACGGGACACCCACGAGGUCAUCGACCUCCCAGGAGUAUGGACCACCGAACCUUCGGUCAACCCUCUCCCAGGAGUACGCUCCUCCCAGCUUCAGGUCCGCUCCAUCAUCACUGUACACAGUCCCUCACUCCCUCAGCUCGUCUCCUCAGUUCGCUCCACCGCCCAGUCGUUCCCCUCCCUCCCUCCAAGCCUCAUAUAAUCAACACGUCGUCCAAGCCGCUCGUGUGUCUCAGCCCUUCUCUCCACAAGUCACAUCUUCUCUCCCAAUCACCUCCAGCGCCGGUUCCUCCUCACACUCGUACGAGUACAACCAACUCGAACAACGCGCUCCGUCCACACAGUAUGGAGUUCCAUCUCAAAGAAGCAACGAACAGUCUCCCGCUGACAAAUAUGGUGCUCCCGGUUUGAGGAGUGCUCAGUCGUUUGGUCAAACAAGAAAGCCAGCGUCUUCAUCUGUAACAAGAUCCUUCCAAUCAUCUUUCGGUUCCAAGAACUCUGCCUCACAACCCUCUGGAACUCCUCGGUCCUUGUCCUCUGUGUAUGGAGCUCCCAGUUCAAGGAACUUUGAUUCUUUUUCCCAGAGUCCAAAGACCGUUUCUCAGACUUACCUGCCCAGUUCCCGUACUGUGUCUCAGUCAUAUGGUGUUCCUAGCGAGCGUGCACUAUCAACUGAAUACGGUGCACCAGAAAAUGAUUAUAACUUGAAGAAUAGUGCUGCAGGAACACAGUAUGAUCUAGCGAGAUCUCCGUCUUCUGUGUACGGAGCGCCUGAAGCCCGCAUGUCCUCGGAUCAGUUCGGAACAACACAUCAGUAUAACUCUCAAGACUCUCAAGGAUACAACUAUGACAGAAACACUCUAGACGAAGAACUGAACCAAGAGCCAGCUAACUAUGACUUCGGAUACAAAGUGAACGACUUCGAGAGCGGCAGUGACUUCGGUCACUCGGAGACGAGACAAGACAACAGGGCGGAGGGCUCGUACUACGUGCUGCUGCCUGAUGGAAGUAGACAGGUCGUGGAGUACGAGGCUGACGAGCGAGGAUUCAAGCCGAGGAUCUCCGUGGAGCAAGUGGAGGUGAGGAGCGGAGGAUACGACGACAACCAGGAACACGACCCACGGUCAGCUGACGGACCGUACUAG